AUUAUUAAAGCCGGGUGGGUAUUUUGAAAUUACAGAGACAGAAAUAAAUUUCUCUGAUUGUGGACCAAAUUUCACACGAAUGAUGAAUAUAUUUGUAAAUGAACUUGAAGUUAGUGAUGAGUUUGUCCUAAAUCUCGAAAGGAUUUUUCUCGCCACUGGUCAAUUAACAAACAUUCAACAGGAAAAACGAGUAACAAAACUUGGCCCUUCUGGUGGUUUCACCGGAGAACUAUAUUUGUCUUUUGCAGAAGAAUUUUUUAAUGGUUCUAUUGGCGAGCUGGUAGGCGAGUUAAUGGCCAUGUCUCAAAAAGAAUACAAGCAGUUUUGGCAGCAAUGCAAAACCGAGUGUAUUGAAUUGGGAACUGGAGUUCCAAUUAAGAGAGUUUGGGGACAGAAAAAGUAUCAUAUGGAAAAUUAA